AUGACAUCGACCGCAAGCAGCACAGUCACACCCACUACCACCGGCACGGCGGGCGCUACCAGCACGUGCGGCAGCGUCUCACUCUAUGUGAUCCCGGUGAACGACACUGCAUGCGCGGUGACCUAUGGCGGCAACCACACCGACGUCAUGAGCAAAUGCUGCAAGUCAGCCGAUGUGGUCAGCUACAAUGACAACUGCGGGCUCUACUGCCUGGCAGUCGACCAGACCGUCGACGAUCUCACGGACUGCCUGUACGGCGACGGCAUCGGGUGGGCGGACGCGUUCUGCAGGGGCACGGGCAACGACACGGCGACUGCGACGGAUAAUGGUGGCCCCUUGUCGACGGGCGCGAGUGUAGUUGCCAGUGCAGGCGGUGGCAGCGCCAGCAAGACCGGGGAUAGCGCAUCCAGCUCGUCAACUGGCGACUCGAGCUCGAGUGCUGCGAGGGGCGUUGCACCGGUGAAGGGCUUUGGUGCGGCGGGCUUGACUAUAAGUGGGCUGCUGCUUUCGUCUGUGAUGUUUGGUGUACUUCAGCUCUAA